AUGGAUAACAUUCGAUACCGUGAAGCAUUUCUCGUCCUCGAUGAAGGAAAUACGGGCGUUAUCACUGUCGAUGAUGUACAUUUCUUAAUUCGUGCAUUAGGUUACACACCAACCGAACAAGAUCUAGCGAAGCUUGAUCAAGAGUUCGCUUGGAACAAGCGAAUUGAUUAUUUCUGGUUUACUGAGAUUCUAUCGAAGCUUUCAUGUACGAAAUAUACGUACGAACAAAUUGAAAAUGCGUUCUUUACGUUUGACAAGAAUCGUUAUGGCUUAAUUAAUAUUGAAGCAUUCAAAACAGCUAUGAUGACCUUGGGCGAGCCAUUAUUAGAAAAAGAAAUGAAUGAAAUGAUGAAAGAUUUGCCAGUUGAUGAAGAUGGUUUUAUCGAAUACGAAAGCUUUUGCUCGCAAUUUCAAUCGUCGGAAAAAUAUCUGUAA